CGCAGUAUGGCUCAUGUUGGUUCAAAACAACAACAAUAGAUGCACUGAUGUCAGUCUGACAGACUAUUUCACCUCAGUAGAUGUGACAGCAGAUUAUCAGCAGGUCGAUAUCAGACAUUAUCGUUUCCUCAGUGAAGAGCUCAGAUCUGCGCCAGAAGCUAUAAGCGGGCGGAGGCGUCGACCGUUAUCAUGGCUUUCCUCCGAAGAUUGUUUUCUCUCGCAGUUUUGUUUGGCUUUGUGACCGCUGGACUGCACAAAAGAACAGCUCCUGUGUUCCUGGAAAAGUGGGAUGCACUUAGUUUAAUUUCCCGUCAGAAGAGAAGCAACGCGGGUGAUGAAGAGACUAAACUCCCUGCCAACCUCGAGAGGGAGUGUAUAGAGGAAGUUUGUGAUUACGAAGAAGCAAGAGAAGUCUUCCAGGAUAAUUAUCGCACAGAUAUCUUCUGGUCUGUCUACGUUGAUGGUGACCAGUGUGCUCCGCAGCCAUGCAAAAAUGGAGCCAUGUGUUCAGAUAGUGUGGGGGGCUUUGACUGCAUUUGUAAAUCAGGCUUUUCAGGAGUCGACUGUGAGACAGAUCAAACGGUAUGUGUAAUCGAUAAGAGCAAAGGGUGCAGUCAGUUUUGUAAGCCGGGCUAUCAGUCGUACGAAUGCUCGUGUGCGUACGGCUGGAAACUGCAGCAGAGAGAAAAGUGCGUGCCGGCUGUGACAUUUCCAUGUGGAAAACUGGCAAGUUUGAGUCAGUGGAACAGACGUCAGUCAACUAACAUACAGUCAGACUAUCAAGGACUCACCUGCGGCUCAGAAGAGUGUCCCUGGCAGGCGAUGCUGCAACGUGGAUUGGUUCGUUUCUGCAGUGGGGUGAUCUUCAAAGAGAACAUGGUUCUCACCACAGCCCAGUGCGUUAGGAAGUACGACAACUUUCAGAUGGCGGUGGGUAAAAGGGUGACCUCAUUUGAAGCAGGAGAGCAGACGCUUCAGGUAAAGCAGGUGCACAUCCACCCUCUCUAUACUGAGGGCAAACCUGACAACGACAUAGCUGUAGUAGAGCUGAAGCAGAAGAUCGUCUUCAAGAAGAGCGUGCUUCCAGCCUGUCUGCCCGACAGAGACUUUGCUGACAGUGUGCUCAUGGCGGGCGACUACAUGGGUGUCGUCACCGGCUGGAAGGAAGUUUCAGGUGCAACGGAUAUUGAAGGAAACCUCAUGUUAAACCACCUGUCCUAUGACAAACUGCUGGGUUGCUCGCAGCGCCACUCUGGUCAGGUCACCAACAAAAUGGCAUGUACUAUGCCUCGAGCUAACGCAGACUGCAUCUUGGGACAAGGCAGCCCUGUGCUCACGCUGUACAGAGAGGUGUUCUUCCUCACCGGCAUUGUCAGCCAGCCUCAAGGAACCGACUGCAAGAACGGUUAUGUCUUACAGAAAGUGUCCCGCUUCCUGCCAUGGUUAAACACAUUCAUGCGCCCAUAAUGAAAGAGAAAAGAAAGAAUGUACAGUACAUUUCUACCUUGUCUUUGUUUUAGUUGGCAUUGCCUUUGUUCCCACUUAUACACAACAAAUUAUAAAUGUAAGAAAAAGUAAGUCGGGGGUUUUUCAGAAAACAAGGUUAACUUGCAUGUACCCUGAACUCUCGGGUGAUAAACCCAAACCUUGCUUACUCAGGGUGUGUCUGUUAAUACGGCUUUAUAAUUUAGCUUGGACGUUAUGAGUCCUGCAGCAAAUAAAGACAUCCUUUUAAUUGCAGAGCUGUCAACAUGUGGUUUUAAGAUUUGUGAGGUCAAAUAAAAUGAGCAUUGGAGUUUGUUAUAAUAAUGCUUUUUAAUGUUAUGCAUAAUCUGUGUUGUCACGGCCACUGAAGCCUCAUGAAAACUAUCCCUGAGACAUAUCCUGUUCCAGAGCCAGAUAUUAUGACUACUUUCAUACCCUGAAAGUUGCAUCAGUUUUUGCAACCGAAAGCUGAGUUUUUCUGGAAAACCCCCUCAGAAGUGAUCAGAUUUGUGCUGUAGGUCCUGAACUUUUCCUGUGGUAGAUUUGCAGAGGCAGAGAACGUUUUCACACUCUGAUUACAAACUCAUUUUGUUUUCUUUGAAAUAGCAUGCACUGAUUAAUCUUUCAGAGUAACACAAUGAAUGUGUAAUAAAGGGGUCUUGAUACAUUUUUUUUUUUUUUUAAUUAUUUAAGUUCCUGACGUACAUUGUUAGUCAGGGUUUUUUUUUUUUUGGUUGUUGUACCAAAUCACUCCUAAAUUAGAAUUAUAUGACAAUUGUAUUACUAAUUGACCAUGAGUUGUGCAGAUGGCAUAUAUAAAAAAACUAAAACCAAUUAGAGCUAGCUUUCUAUAGACAUUUUAAGCUUGACUUUGGAAAUUAUUGCACCAACAAAAACUGGACAUUUGCUUGGCUAUGUUUGCAACUACCAUUCAAAACUAUGAAAACAAGUGAUGCUGAGUAACCUUGACUAUGCAUUUUAUCAUAUAUAUAUAUAUAAUGGUGUGAUUAUUGGACAAGUGUCUCCUGGCCAUCAAUAAAAAAUAGUAUUAAAAACGAUAGAAACUGAAGUCUGUCUGAAGAUGCUGAUACUUCACACACAAACUCAAUGACACCCUCAAGCUUCCAUGCUGGCAAGUAACAGUGGUAUGAGUGGGAUAAUGCCUUCCUUACACGUCAACAUGAAUCACUCGGUUUAGGACACACAAGUGUAUUGUCAUCAUACCUCAAACUCCAGUAUUUGAUGACAUUUCAGGGUGUUCUGAAUCAGUGUAUUUUGUCAAGUGAAGUGAAAUUCAACAGAUAUUCUUUGCUCAGUGAAUCCACCUUAUCUUUAAAGUAAAAUUGAGCACCCCCAUUUUUAACUUCAUUGUGGCGAGCUUCCGGUAUCAGCCUCUUUCCAUUUUUUUAGCUGCUUGAUGUUGCAAAUUUAUAUGUAGUGUCAUAUUAUUUUAUUGUAAUAAACACACUAGUUUGAUCACAAA